AGGAGACGAAAUCAUACAUGCAUAUGUAAGCUACCUAACAUAAAGGAACAGAGGAGUUUAAUGACGUGCAAAAUAUAUAGAUUUAGUCUGAGAGCUGAACGAGAGAAAAGGAUUCAGAAAUUAAUAAUGAGGUCGAUGAAGUGGCAAGAAUUCAGCUUUCUGCAUUCGCCAUGCGAUCAUUAUUUCAGCUGCUAGGGGGCGCCCAAGCCCUCUGCGGACCCCGCGGAACGAAAUCAGUGAAAUUGAAAGUUGCAUGUGGGGUUUUGGAGCUACACGUGAACACUCGCUUCAUGCCGCGUUCUCCGUGUGAAUGGCUCGUGUUGAAGCGAUCGCCGUUUGGUUAUGUUGUCAUUUUCUGAUGGCCAAUUCCAGCGCUGCUGAACGCCUGAAUCGGGAAGUGGAACUCCCUGAGUCCUUCAGUCGGAGCUUUAAUCGCGUCAACCUCCACAUCUCAGUUAAGAGGCAGGCCUUCCUAAACUCACAAUCAAAGGAUUUAAGGAACCCUGCUAAGUAUGGAAUCAACCAGUUUUCCGGCCUCUCACCAGAACAGUUUAAAGAUCUCUAUCUGAGAGCCCGUCCCGAGAGAGUGCCGAGGUACAACCUCACCCAGCACAGCCGCCUAGUGGCGGGGAGCUAUCCACGCCGGUUCGACUGGAGGGACCGCGGAGUCAUCGGCCCGGUUCCGGACCAGCAGUCAUGUGGCGCAUGCUGGGCCUUCAGUGUCGUGGGAGCUGUCGAGGCCGUGAGAGUGAAGGAGGGCGGCACCCUACAGAAACUGAGCGUUCAGCAGGUCAUCGACUGCGCUUACCAGAACCAGGGAUGCAACGGAGGAUCGACAGUGACCACUCUGGACUGGCUCAAGAAGACCAAAGAGAAGCUCGUGAAUGAGACCGAGUACCCUUAUAAUGCGGAGACGGGCGUGUGCCGCUUGUUUCCGCAGACACAUGGUGGCGUGGUGGUCAGGGACUACUCGGCGUUCGACUUCAGUGAGCAGGAGACAGCCAUGCAGGAAUGGCUCGUGGAUCAGGGCCCCCUGGUGGUCACUGUGGAUGCCACCAGCUGGCAGGAUUACUUUGGAGGAGUUAUUCAGCAUCACUGCUCCAGUCGCCAUGCCAACCAUGCUGUACUAAUUACAGGCUUUGACACCACAGGGGAGGUGCCGUUUUGGAUAGUCCGUAAUUCUUGGGGGCGGUCUUGGGGUGAUGAGGGCUACGUGUACAUAAAGAUGGGUGACAACAUGUGCGGAGUGGCAGACAUUGUGGCAGCUGUUUCUCUCGUUUAUAUCUCGUGAUUUUCUCUCAUUUAUUUUUAACCCUCAUGGAGCCCUGAACCUUUUAAAUGUCUCCACGGCACCCGUCUAAGUACGAGAUCCAUCGGAAGACACUACUGAAAUCACACAAAGGAAAUGUCAGCAAUGCUUAAAGUUUACAUAGGAGCCGUUUUAGUGAUUUGCACAAAAGGGUAUAAUUUUAUUGCAUUUUUAUAUGAUCAUCUGUUUUGUCAUUCAAUAAAUAAUAUUAUAUAUUAUUAAUUAUAUUAUAUAUAAUUAUGUAUCCAGUUCACUUUCAUAAAAUAAAUGU